GUUGCAUCUUGAAGUAGGAUAUCCAGCAAAAUUACCUUCAUUUACACAUUGUAAAUGUCUACGGCCACACCUAGGCGAAAACACCAGUUCCCGUCCGAUCACUGCAGUUAAGCGUCUGAGGGUCUCGUUAGUACUAUGGUUGGAGACAACAUGGGAAUCCGGGAUGCUGUAGGCUUUUUCUUCUUGAUUUUUGUUUCUUUUAUUUACUUAAUGGCUAAGUUACACUUUCAAUAAUUGUUCCUGUAAUGGUGUCACAAUCGUUCUAUGAAAGUUUCACGAUAAUCAAAGUUCACUGGCACUGCAAUUCUUUGCACACAUUAAUACUAUAAUUUCCACUGCGAAGGAAGCCUGUAUAUCAAUUUUAUCAACCCACUCCACAGACACGUCUAAUUACGGCCAAUAUUGGAUUUUUAUAGCAUAAUGGACAUAAACGAGGAUGAGAAUUCUUCAAACCUGCAAUCUCUAAAACGACUAGAUUUCCAUGAGGAAGCCAGCUUUGACUUCUUACAGUCAGACAGCGAUGUAGAAUCAGAGUUGCGAAAAGUAAUUUAUAAAUGUCUGAAAAAGAUUGGUGAAUUACAUCAAAGCAAUGGCAUAUCUUCUAAUGAAGUUCAGAAAGCACAAAAAGAUUGCGUACUUGAAUACCUUCACUUGAAGAAACAUCCGGCUUUAGCAUCUAUAUUACGAAGAAGGACUUUAGAAUAUAAUGUGAAUGAUUUAAAAACAAGGUUGGAGUCGUCUAAGAAGGUAAAGAAUUUACUGAACGAAGAAUAUCAUCAAAUAAGGCAGUAUCGAAUGGAUAUGGAAAUAUUAAAUACAGAGUUAUCCGAAAGACUGAAACAACAAGAUACGAUUAGCAGAAAAGGGAAGAAAAGCUAUAUAAACAAAAAGGUUCUUCAGGAAAAAGAAGACGUUUCUGGAUCCUCUGUGAAGCUAUUCACUUUCCUCAACGAAUUUCUUGACAAUCAUUACAGGGAACUCUUAGAAGGUCCCUGGUCUGUUAGUAAAUUAAGCGCUAAUGAACGAAAACAGACUGCUACUAUUGAUAAGUUUGCUAAUAUUAAUCAGUCUGAGGAAGUUAACGAGUUAAAACACGUUUUAGAAGAAUUAAUGAACCAAGCUACCUCUUCUAGCCCUUCCUUUACCAAAGUUACAAAUGAAAAAAUCCUAAACUUCUUACUUCGGUCUUCGCUAUGUAUCUUUGAUCCUCGUGAUCCUUCACUACUGAAAUUUGUACCAUUUGCCGAUGAGUUUUAACCCGAGAAGUCCCUUUUCCAUCAGUAUGCUCUUUGCCGCUUUCUGGAUGCAUUUCUCUUUAUUGCAUGCACGUUCGUCUAUACCAUUAAUUGCUGAAACUUACGGUAAUAGGCCUCUUUUAUUUAUACAAUAAUCAUCUUGCCAGUCGUACAAAAUGCCAAUAGUUAUUUACUGCGAAAAG